CGGCGAUGAAGAAAUAUGCUUCCAGUUGUGAGGUUUGUAGCGUUAUCGCAGCAGCUUAAACGCCGUUUCCUUCGCUCUGACAGUGUUUUGUGUUCCAGAAGUCGCUUGCAAGUCGCUUCGGAGCCUCCGCAAACGUGUUUUGUCAGGGAAGGGAGUGUUGUCUACGUCAUGGUGAGGGAUCGACUGGUGGUGUUGCUCGAUUUCAGGCUAACUGAAAUUUCUUGUCGCUGCUCCAACUGCCAGAUACAAUCGUCUAAAUUGUGCCUGGUAAUCUUCGCGGGAGAGCUAGAAACCAGGUCCUCUCGGACAGGGUCACCUGAGGCACAUGGCGAUUUUCACGCCGCGUGCAUCGAUCGUCGAUCCUCUCAUGCUGAUGUUAUUGCCGGUGCCCUCUCCGUGAUCGUGUCACACCUGCAUGAAUCGAGACGGGGAAUCUAGUUACCAGUCAUGCAAGUCUUCAGAUCGUUUCGCCGAGUGAGCAUUCGGUUGAAACCAGCACCGUGGGAACAGCCAGAAAGGUUGGAUUUGUUUAGUUCGGGGCAUUGUUUCCAAAGACUUGAGCGAUGUGUAUAAAGUUGGGGUGCGUUGCAGGAGUGGGGAUGAACGAGGUUAGAUGAAGCCAGGACAUUGCUUCUCUAGAAUAACACUGCUGCACAAAUCCGGGUUUCGAUACACACGACAGGUGAUGCUGGUUGUUGGUGUUUUCGAUGCAUUUACAACCACAUUGAACCUGCUUCGUUGUAGUAUGUUUGUCUUCCGUCACCUUCUACGGAUGUUACACUCUUCGUGGUAAGAAUCUGAUCGAAGUCAUGAAGAAGUGAUCCAGGAUGACAAGAGGCUUAAAAGUAUGAAGAAGGAGGAGAACAAGUAUGGUGUGCAAACAGUUUCCUGGACUUCAAUAGCUUCUGGACAAGAGCAAUGUUAUCAUCUGCAAUGACUCUAUUCAGACGCUCUCUAACCACUAUUUCAUUCUUUUUCUGGUAAGCUAUUUCUUCUAAUCUAGCUAUUUUUUAUUUGGUUCUCAUGUGUGUAUAUAUGUAUAUAUGUUAAUAUAUAUAUAUAUAUAUAUAUAUAUAUAUGAUUAUAACAGCAUAAAAAGUUUAU